AGGAUUUCCUCCCCUCCAUAUCGCCCCAUCAGAGACAACUGCUCACAUGUUAGCAACCAGUUGUGACACACCAGCUUUGAUUAGCUGCCCCUGUUGCCAUGACGCUCCCAACACCCUAAAAAUAGAGACAGAGAAGGACACUCAAGACAGCAACAACCAGCAGCUGCAUUAUACAUAGAGGCACUGGACCACAUAAACAGCAGACCGAAGUCUGACAGUAGCAGAAAGCCCAGGAGAGAAGCAUCGUAGAUACAAGAAAGUUACAGAAGCCAGACCUGUGGACAGUCUAAACAGUUUUAAAAGGUUUCGGCGACACCUGAUUGACCUCACAUCGGGUGCCAGAUAUAUUCCCACGGUGGAGGAAAAGGUCAGAUCUAGGGGGUUCUAGAAGAGACAGAAGCAGACACAUGAAAGCUGAAACAUUUGACUCAACAGGCAGAGACUGAGCGAGGCAAACAUGGCCCAUACCACGACGGAAGAAAUGCCACGGCUCUUUCCGCGAAUUUCGAUUAAUGAGGUGGAUGAGAAGGUACGCCUGAUAGCAGAGAAGGUGUACGCCUCUGCCCUGAAAGAGGAAGACAACAAGGAUGUUCUGGCACUGUUCACUGUGCCGGAGGACUGUCCCAUCGGCCUCCAUGAGGACAGGGAGAGGGCGCUGCAAAAGGAGCUGGCCGAGCAGAAGUCUGAGGAGUCUGCUAAGAAGAAGAAGAGCUUCAUGCUGAAGCGUUCACAGUCAGUCUCUUUGCAGACACCGGUCAGCAGUGACUGGGCCCAGAGUGGGGCUGCCCCAGUGUUCCCAGCAACCGCACCUGAACCUUUUCUCCCAGAGGGCUUUCCAGAAUUCCAGAGAGUUACCAUCAGUGGGGACUACUGCGCAGGGAUCACAGUGGAGGAUUAUGAGCUAGCAGCCAAAAGUCUCCUUAAAGCGUUGCACAUUCGAGAGAAGUACUCUAAACUGGCCUACCACCACUUCCCCAGGGCCACGGCCCGUUUCCUUCGCAGUGCUGAGAAUCAGCAGUGGCGGAUUGAGGACGAGGUCUUGCCAGACAUCUGGCCUUCCCCUGGUGAAGGAGAGGACCCGUAUUCCAUCGAGGGUAUUCCUGAGGACCUGAACUACGAGCUGCAGAUGAAGGAUGGCAUAGUUCAUGUUUAUGACAAUGCCGAGGCCCUGAAACAGCAGCAGCCCCACAGCCUCCCUUACCCUGACAUUGAGACCUUUGCUAUAGACCUGAGCCAUGUGCUUGCUAUGAUAGCUGAUGGCCCAACGAAAACCUACUGUCACAGACGGCUGAACUUCUUAGCCUCCAAGUUCUACCUCCAUGAAAUGAUGAAUGAAAUGGCAGAGCUAAAAGAGCUGAAGGGUGUCCCACACAGGGACUUCUACAACGUUAGAAAGGUGGACACUCAUAUACACGCUGCUGCUUGCAUGAACCAGAAGCAUCUGCUGAAAUUUAUAAAGACCACUUACCAUACAGAGGCAGAUCGCGUGGUCUUGGAGAAAGGCAGUGAGAAGAUCACGCUCAAGAAAGUCUUCAACACCCUCAAAAUGGACCCCUAUGACCUCACUGUGGACUCUCUGGACGUGCACGCUGGAAGGCAAACCUUUCAUCGGUUUGACAAGUUCAACUCUAAAUACAACCCAGUGGGAGCCAGCGAACUGCGAGAGAUUUACUUGAAAACGGACAACUACAUCAAAGGAGAAUACUUUGCACGUCUCAUCAAGGAAGUAGCGCAGGAGCUCGAGGAGAGUAAGUACCAGCAUGCUGAGCCCCGUCUGUCGAUUUACGGCCGCUCUGCAAGCGAGUGGGAGAGCCUAGCAACCUGGUUCAUCCAGCAUAAGGUCCACUCACCCAACAUGAGGUGGAUGAUCCAAGUUCCAAGGAUCUAUGACAUUUUCAGGUCAAAGAAGUUGGUACCACACUUCGCCAAAAUGCUGGAGAACGUUUUCCUCCCCCUCUUUGAGGCGACAGUCAACCCACAGAAGCACAAAGCAAUACAUGUGUUCUUAAAAUAUGUGACAGGAUUUGACAGCGUGGAUGACGAGUCCAAACACAGUGACCACAUGUUCUCUUACAAAAGCCCAAAGCCCGAGGCAUGGACCACAGAUGACAACCCUCCCUACACCUACUACCUGUUCCACAUGUAUGCCAACAUCAUGGUGCUCAACAACCUGCGAAAGGAACGUGGGCUCAACACCUUCCAGUUCCGUCCUCACUGUGGUGAAGCCGGCUCCAUCACCCACCUCGUAUCUGCUUUCCUGCUGGCCGACAACAUCUCCCACGGGCUCAACCUAAAGAAGAGUCCGGUGCUGCAGUACCUGUACUACCUGGCCCAGAUCCCGAUUGCCAUGUCUCCUUUGAGCAACAACAGCUUGUUCCUGCAGUACUCCAAGAACCCCCUGCGAGAAUUCCUACAAAAAGGCCUGUGUGUGUCGCUGUCCACCGAUGAUCCCAUGCAGUUCCACUACACCAAGGAGGCCUUGAUGGAGGAGUACGCCAUCGCAGCCCAGCUGUGGAAGCUGAGCACCUGCGACUUGUGUGAGAUUGCCAGGAACAGUGUUCUGCAGAGCGGCCUCUCACAUCAGGAGAAGAAACAUUUCCUUGGUCCAAACUACCUACAAGAUGGACCAGAGGGCAACGACAUAAAGCGGACAAAUGUGGCUCAAAUCCGCAUGGCCUACCGCUACGAGACCCUAUGCAAUGAGCUCAGUUUUCUGGCGGAUGCAGUGAAGACAGACGACGCCCAGUGUUCAGCUGAGUGAUCCACCAUGUGAGCGCGAGUUGUGUCAACGUGUCCUAAAAACAAAGGAGUAUAUGGGAGACAGCACUUUUUUUUUUUACCUUCUCCUGUAAAUCUUCCUGACCACAAUUAAAAUGAAUAAAUAAAAGGAUGUAAGUGUGACAUUUUGGCCAGUCUAAUGCAGUAUGAAAACAAAUUUGAGUUUUAGACAGCUGAGUGUAUUCAGUGUGGAACAAAUAAACAUUGGCAACCAGUGUGUGCCUCAUUAUAUCAGGAUAGAGGUUUAUUUUCCUUUGUAGAGUAUUAAAAAGCAUAAAGGGGCAUUUGCCAUAGAAAAUGAUUUUGAAUUGACACCUUCAGAAAAAGGGAAAUACAUUUAUUUUCAUUGAAAAUUACGUUGUCUGUAUCUUCCAUAGCCUAUAUGCAUGUUAUUAGAGACAACAUUAUCUGUAUUAAAUGUCUGAAAUUAGGGACAAACAUACUGCACAAUGUGAGGUUGCUGUCAGAUUAGCCCUUUCCUACCGAUUUCCCUCAGCUGCAAGGUUCUGAGAAGCGAAUAAGAGGAACAUAUUCACAGAGAGUGUGACAGACCGCGCCAUCGAGUUUUGUGGGAGCUCUGGAGUGACAAUCAGUAUGAAAGGUCUUUGUUAUACUCAGAAUUGUGAAACAAUGGAGUGAUUAAAAUAACUGUUUUUUAUGUUUGUCAUUUCUCUUUUUCUUAUCUAAAUAAAACAGAGCAGCCAAGAAUAA